AUGAAUCAAUCCCAGAAUGCCAUUUUUACAUCACCAAUGGGUGAAGAAAACCUCAUGAAUAACAACCACAAAGACUCGGAGAGCAUCACUGAUGUCUGUUCCAAUGAGGAUCUCUCUGAAGUUGAGCUGGUGAAUUUGCUAGAAGAACAGCUACCCCAGUAUAGACUAAAAGCUGACUCUCUCUUUCUAUAUGAAAAUCAAGACUGGACUCGGUCCCCCCACCGGCAGCAUCAUGCAUCUGGAACCCUCUCUCCAGUCCUUGCUGAAGAGACUUUCCGCUAUAUGAUUCUAGGCACAGACAGGGUGGAGCAGAUGACCAAAACUUACAAUGACAUCGACAUGGUUACACAUCUCCUGGCAGAGAGGGAUCGUGAUCUGGAGCUAGCUGCUCGCAUUGGACAAGCUCUCUUAAAGCGAAAUCAUGUCUUGUCUGAGCAGAAUGAAGCCCUGGAGGAGCAGCUGGGACAAGCUUUUGACCAAGUCAAUCAAUUACAGCAUGAGCUAUCCAAGAAAGAUGAGUUACUUAGAAUUGUCUCCAUCGCUUCAGAAGAGAGUGAGACUGAUUCCAGCUGUUCUACACCUCUUCGGUUUAAUGAGUCUUUCAGCUUAUCUCAGGGCUUGCUGCAGUUGGACAUGCUGCAAGAAAAGCUCAAGGAACUGGAGGAAGAGAAUAUGGCUCUUCGGUCCAAGGCUUGUCACAUAAAGACAGAAACUAUUAGCUAUGAAGAGAAGGAGCAACAGCUUGUCAGUGACUGUGUUAAGGAACUUCGUGAAACAAAUGCUCAGAUGUCCAAAAUGACUGAAGAAUUGUCUGGGAAGAGUGAUGAACUGAUGCGAUAUCAAGAAGAGAUCUCCUCUCUUUUGUCUCAAAUUGUAGAUCUUCAGCACAAACUUAAAGAGCAUGUGAUUGAGAAGGAAGAACUGAGACUGCACCUGCAAGCUUCCAAAGAGGCCCAAAGACAGCUGACAUUGGAGUUACAUGAAUUACAAGACAGGAAUAUGGAGUGUCUAGGAAUGUUACAUGAAUCCCAAGAAGAAAUAAAGGAACUUCGUAGUAGAUCUGGCCCUGCUGCUCAUCUCUACUCCCAAUCGUUUGGAGCUUUUUCUGGGGAAUCUCUGGCAUCUGAGAUUGAGGGGACCAUGCGUAAAAAGUUGAGUUUGGAUGAGGAAUCGUCUCUCUUUAAACAAAAGGCCCAACUGAAACGGGUAUUUGAUACAGUCAGGAUUGCCAAUGACACACGGGGCUGCACUGUCCCAUUCCCAGCUCUACUAUCCAUUCCAGGCUCCAACCGAUCAAGUGUCAUCAUGACAGCAAAACCUUUCGAGUCUGGUGUACAGCAAACAGCAGAAAAAACCCUCCUGAGCCAGAGGAGCAGCUCGGAGGAGGCUCCAGGGAACGUUCAGAAGCUGGGUCAACCACAACCCUCUGAAGAUAGUGAUUUGGCUACAGCACUGCAUCGCCUUAGUCUGCGGCGACAAAACUACUUAAGUGAGAAGCAGUUCUUUGCUGAAGAAUGGGAGCGGAAGAUCCAGGUUCUGGCUGAUCAGAAAGAAGGGGUUAGUGGCUGUGGCACCCCCACCGAGAGCCUUGCCUCUCUCUGCACUGACCAGUCGGAGACCACGGACUUCAGCAGUACCAGCUGCCUUCGGUGUUUUAUGCCUGAAAAAUUACAAAUUGUCAAGCCUCUUGAAGGAUCACAAACUCUGCACCACUGGCAGCAGCUUGCUCAACCAAACUUAGGAACCAUUCUUGACUCACGUCCUGGUGUCAUCACUAAAGGCUUUACCCCGUUGCCUAAGGAUGCCAUCUAUCACCUCUCAGAUCCAGAAGAGGACGAAGAAGGUAUCACUUUCCAGGUCCAGCAACCUCUUCAAGUGGAACAGAAACCUGCAGAUCCCAAGCCAGUAACAGGAAUCUUUCUACCGCCCAUUACUUCAGCAGGUGGUCCAGUUACAGAAGUCUGUGCUUCUGUUGCAGCUUCAAACCCAGGAAAAUGUCUGUCAUGCACAAACUUAACAUUUACCUUCACCACCUGUAGGAUAUUACACCCCUCCGAUGUCACUCAGGUUACUCCCAGCUCUGGGUUCCCUUCGUUAUCCUGUGGAAGUAGCAGUGGCAGUUCAUCAAGCACAGCAGUGAAUUCUCCUGCUACGUCCUAUAGACUCAGCAUUGGUGAAUCGAUCACCAACCGACGAGAUUCCACUGUAACCUGCAGCAGCACCAUAGGCUUGGCCAAACUUCUACAAGAGCGAGGCAUUUCUGCUAAAGUGUACCACAGCCAAGUUCCUGAGAACCCCCUCCUUCAGCCUCUCCCUAAAGUCCUGGAUAUCCCUUCCACACCCCCAAAUUCACCAUCUCACUCACCUUGCCCUUCUCCUUUGCCCUUUGAGCCUCGAGUACAUCUCUCUGAAAAUUUUUUGGCCUCACGACCGGCUGAAACAUUCCUGCAGGAGAUGUAUGGCUUGAGGCCUUCCCGGAGCCCUCCUGAUGUUGGCCAGUUGAAGAUGAACUUAGUAGACAGGCUGAAGAGGCUGGGCAUAGCCAGAGUGAUCAAGACCCCCGAUGCCCAGGAACAUGGAAGAAGCCAAGAGGCAGAAAUUGGUCUUCGAAGACCAGACUCUGCUGUUUAUUUAAAUUCAGGUAACAAUUUAUUGAGUGGAUUGAGGAGGAAUCAGAGUCUUCCAAUCAUCAUGGGUAGUUUUGGCACCUCAGUUUGCACAUCCUCACCCAAAAUGGAUAACCUGAAGGAGGAGUGA